GUAAUUGGGGAGGAAGUGGGUGUUCUCUGGGAGACACACAUUGUAAAUGGCUUUGCAGUACACGUUUUAAUACUGUGGGAUGUAUUCUCAGUGGGAGCCACUCCUACACGUGGAUAGCUGCUGCUGGCUUAUUGACCAUCCUUUUUCCCUUUAACUGCCUGGCUCCUCAUCUGACUCACACUGGCUGCAGGAUACUCAAUACUUUUUAUAUGUGCAUUGUUUUACCCUCCCCCACCCCCCUGAUUUUUUUUUUAACAUUUUGCAGUACUGCUUCCUAUUUUGGGGUUCUUAUUUAUUUUUGCACACAUUUUCCCUGGAUGGAUAUACACAGAAUGCUCUCCUAUUUUCUUACAAUUCUUUUGACUCUUUGCAUUGGGAAUACCUUAAGCUCCAGGAAACCAACUACAAGGAGACAAGAUCGAUUGGGGCCUCCACUGGAUAUUGUCCUCGAGGCACUGAACUGUACAGCUUUUAGCGUACAAUGGAGGAUGCCAAGACAGCAUGCAAAUACCAUCAAUGGCUACACGGUUUUCUACACAGAAGUAAUUAAUGGUAAACAUGUGAAGCAGCUCACGCACGAUGUUCCCCUUAAAAUGGACACAUUGAACUUGGGACAACUAGAUGCAUUGGUGACAUUUGAAGUCUCCAUUGGUGAUUUAAGACCAGGUACCCUGCAUCGUGUUAGCGUAGGCGCCUAUAGUUGGGCUGGAAAGGGCAGAGCAAGCAUGCCCAGAGAUGUGUCAACCCUAUCUCAAGACCAGUGUAUGAUACCAGACCCUCCCUUACAGCCUCAGGUUGUGGUGGUGUCAGACGUGGAGGUGGCUAUUUCAUGGAAACACGGAAUCAGUGAAGGAAGCUCACCUGUUCAAUAUUACACAGUGGAAUAUAUAAGGCCAGAAGUUGACAAUGUUUGGAUUGCUAUUAGAGAGAAAGUAGAAAUGGAUUCUAUGGUUCUGAAAGGUCUAACCCCCGAUACCAAGUAUCAGUUUGCAGUAAAAACAGUGAAUUCUUUUGGAGAGAGUGUCCUCAGUCCUCCGAGUGAUGUUGUCAAAACAUUCAGCACAGAUGAAUUUGGAUCUGGAAACUAUGUGCAUGGUUAUAUUACUGAACCUAAACCAAGUGACGAUGAUGGAUAUAAUGUUGAUGAUUCUGAUUAUGACAUUUAUAUUGAUGAAGUAAAACCACUUUCUACCACCAAGGAAGGGAAAAAGAAAACAGUUACUGAAUCAAAGGGAACAUCGGGCACUUAUACUAAGAUUAUUCCAUUGAAAAUGACAACCACCAAGUCUCCAGCUACGAUUACCAUUACUACUAAAGUUUUACCACAAACAUCUACAACAAGAGCAACCACAACAACUAAACCCAUCACAACUAGGGCUCCAAGAAGAAGUGUCUUUGUUUUUCCACCACGACUGUUUGAUCUGACGUGUGAGGAGACCAUCUGCCCAGCAGAUAGCUUCUGUCUUAAUGAUUAUGACCGUGGUGGCUCUCAGUGCCACUGUAGCCUAGGAAGAGGUGGAGAAACCUGUGAAGAUGAUAUCAGCGUACAAUAUCCACACUUCUAUGGUCAUUCAUAUAUGACAUUUGAACCAUUAAAGAACUCCUAUCAGAUGUUUCAAAUUACUGUUGAAUUCAGGGCUGGAAGGGAUGAUGGGUUACUGCUGUACUGUGGAGAAAAUGAAUACGGCCGUGGGGAUUUUAUGUCACUUGCAAUAAUACGCCGCAGUGUACAGUUCCGGUUUAACUGUGGCACAGGAGCUGCUGUUAUUACAAGUGACAGUAAGAUUAAACUAGGGCACUGGCACACCGUCACUGUGUACAGAGAAGGACUGAGUGGGUGGCUCAAGCUUGAUAACAGUUCUUCGGUAUCAGGAAAGUCACAGGGUCAGUACAGCAAAAUCACAUUCCGUUCCCCGUUCUACCUUGGUGGGGCUCCCAGUGCAUACUGGCUCGUUAAAUCGGCGGGAACUAAUCGAGGAUUUAAAGGAUGUGUACAGUCCCUGUCUGUAAACGGACGGAAUGUUGACAUGAGACCAUGGCCACUAGGGAAGGCUGUGAGUGGAGCAGACGUGGGUGACUGCAGCAUCGGGGUUUGUGAUGAGAUGCUCUGUAUUAAUGGUGGCUCCUGUAUACCUAAAACAGCAGAUUCCUAUAUGUGCCUCUGUCCCAUUGGAUUUCAGGGGCGAAACUGCGAGGAAGCAUUCGCUCUGGCAAUCCCACAGUUCAACGAAUCUAUUCGGUCAUAUGCAGUAACGAGGUGGCCUUUUGAACCGCAUCACUACCUUUCUUUCAUGGAGUUUGAUAUCACAUUUCGUCCCGACACAGAGGAUGGAACCAUACUGUACAGUUAUGACACGGACAGCAAAGAUUUUAUCUCAAUUACUUUGGUGAAAGGUUAUGUAGUAUUCCGAUUUGACUGUGGUUCAGGAACAGCUGUAAUAAGGAGUGAAAAACCUGUAAGUCUUGGACAAUGGCAUGAGUUACAAUUGUCUCGAACAGCAAAGAAUGGCAUCUUAGAAGUGGACAACCAAAAUCAAGUGGAGGGAAUGGCUGAGGGCGCGUUCACUCAAAUUAAAUGUAACACUGACAUCUACAUUGGUGGUGUUCCCAAUUAUGACACUGUGAAAAGGAACUCCGGAGUCGUGCGACCAUUCACUGGCAGUAUACAGAAGCUUAUACUCAAUGACCGGAUCAUUAACUUGGUGCAUGGCAUGAGUUCUGGGGUAAAUAUACACAAUGCUGCCCAUCCAUGUGCGACUAUACCCUGUGCCAAUGGUGGGAGCUGCAGACCCAAACACGAUACAUAUGAAUGUGACUGUCCUUUAGGGUUUGAUGGGAAAAACUGCCAGAAAGAAUGUGGGAACUACUGCUUUAAUAUAAUUACUGAAGCCAUUGAGAUCCCACAGUUUAUUGGGCGCAGUUAUCUAACCUAUGACAAUCCAGAGGUUCUUAAAAGAGUCUCCGGGUCACGAUCAAACAUUUUCAUGAGAUUUAAAACAACAGUUAAAGAUGGUCUUCUUAUGUGGAGGGGAGACAGCCCGAUGAAGGCAAACAGCGACUUCAUUUCAUUGGGUCUUCAAGAAGGAACUUUAGUUUUCAGUUAUAACUUGGGAAGUGGAAUGGUUUCUAUAAUGGUCAAUGGAACGUUCAAUGAUGGAAGAUGGCACAGGGUCAAAGCUGUACGUGAUGGUCAGUCAGGAAAAGUGACGGUUGAUGACUAUGGUGCAAGGACGGGCAAAUCACCUGGUCUGAUGCGUCAGUUGAAUAUUAAUGGAGACCUUUACGUUGGUGGAAUGAAGGAAAUUGCUCUACACACGAACAGACAAUACAUGGGAGGUCUGAUUGGAUGCAUUUCCCACUUAACACUCUCUACAGACUUCCACAUCUCAUUGGUUGAAGAUGCCUCAGAUGGAAAAAAUAUUAACACAUGUGGGGCAAAGUAGAACGAAAGAACUCUUGUAGUAGACUUAUGAUCCCUUUUUACUCACGAAACAAAAUAACCUUUUGCACUCCUAAGGACAAUUUGACAUUCAUCUAAACAUUUUUCCACAAAGCAGAAGUGUCUUACCAAAGUCAGUAACGUAUAUUAUGGUCUCUGUUGCUUCUAUUUCCAGGACUCUUGAAUUUUAGAUUGGUGUGUGACUUACAUGACAUAAAAUUUGCCUUUCUCAUAGAAAGAUCACAACAUUUUUUAAAGUCACUGAAAGAUCCCAUCACGUUGAAUGAAGUGUCACCCAACCGGCCCAUCGUCCUGUUCAACAAUACCUGGUCUGCAACAAUGUUUUAUCACCAAAGAUCUUGUGCAAAUUAUGUGUAUAAUAAUAUAAUAUUAAUGAUACAUGGUUGGAUAAAUAGAUCAAUAUAUUUAAAUGGUGUUCUGUUUCAUUGGCAACAUGUAUAUAAUACCAAAAGGACCACCAAACAGUGUGCACAGAUGCCGAACCCAAAAGGUAUUGAUCAUCAGAAGCGGAAUUCUGUUAUUUCUUUACGACCUUCCAAUUUUUUUGUGAUGUUUAUACUGCCUCUUUGUAUAACUGUAACAAGACUCAAUCACAAAAUGUUUUUUCCCCACACAAUAAAUGUAUCCCCUCCAGCCCCCAUAGAAAGCAGCUGCCUUACAAUAUUUAUAAUGUUUGUUAUGGAUUAAGGUUUGGAUUUGUGCUGAAUUCCGACAUUAUGGAAUAGUCUGCCACUUGAGUGAAACAGAGUACUUAAUUCAACAUAUGUAUCACUCACUGCUCACUUGAUGACCGGGUUUGUAGCCCAUCCAUUGGGAUAAAUUAAUGAAAUGUGCACCUCACAACGUAAGUUUGCGUUUGUGGGUUAUAUGUUUUAUUUUUAUUAAUCAGGAAAGUUAGCACGUUUCAAAACCCAUGGUUGCAUUCCUAAAGAAUAGGAAGCAUGUAUUUAUUUUUAUUUUCCUUCCAAGCUCGGUUAGUAGCACAAGAGAUUCUAUGAUCUCUACAGAUUGCUACAAAACAAAUCUUUGUCAAUAUGAAAUAAACCCUCUAGUUGACUAUCAAGCAGCUAAAGACAACUUAUCUGUUUCAAAGCCAGCGAGAGGCAGCCUGUAAAAUAAAUGACAACUUGCAUCUUCCUAAGAUUUCUAGAAAUCGCAGUCUUUGGUUACAAAGAAAAAAACAAAACAAAACCUUCAGGGAAGGAGCUUCAUUGAUUUACCAAAGUAAAACUGUAUUAAUGAGUUUUAUUCUCUAAAAUUGUGUUUGAGUGAAAUACUUUCGGCUUGGUUAUGUAUCACUUAACAUGCGCUACCCUUCCAUAGAAAAUUCAUAUGAGGCUGGCUAGACAGAGCACGUUGUAUGUACUAUGUUAGCUUUUAUCCAUUAUCACAUAAAAGUAAUAUAUAUUUAACAGAAGAUACAGGGUAUAAAGUACACGACUGUGAAAAUACCUUUUUUUCCCAGACAUUACUUAACCAAUCUAGGAGCCCAUAUUGUGUUGAAAACUUAAAUGUUAAUAAGGAAACAAGUUAUGAGGGUAGCGGCCUUAACCAGAUAUCUCCAUACUUUUCUUGGAGUGUCCUAGACAUUAUAGAUAAAGACACGGACCGUCCUUUGAUAAUGUCCACCGUGGUGCAUUUGUGAUCUCUUUCUAACCAAAGUAUGUUGACCCCUAACAUUUGUGGUGAAGUUAGGUUUGCUUUAGAAUUGGAAUUUACAUAGGUGGCAUUUGAUGCAGUAUUAUAGUUUAAUAUAUGCUUUGUUUGCCCCAGGAACUCCACCUGUUGGUAUAUUAAAAUACUUGGUAAUUUUGUGAAAACAGAUAACUUCCAACAUGGUCAUCUGACACUUAACAAGCCAAUUUUAUGUACCAAAAUGUGGAAUGUAAUAGGUGUUAAAAAAAGAAGCAAUUUUAAUAAUUUAAACAUUUUGCCCAAAUAAAACAUUGUUCAUGAGAAGGAUGUUGAUCUACAGUAUUUUAUAUUGUGUCCUAAGUCCUGGCCCUCUUUGUAGAACAGAACUAGAACUUUUGUAUAUGUAUAUUUUUAUAGAACCAAAAUAUAAAAGACUCUACCAAAUGUACUUUUGAACCUUAGGUGUAUUACACUUUUUGCACAACUUCCUAAAACAUAUAAAAAUGUUUUGUUUUUUUUGUGUCUGGAAAUGUUCCCUUAGAACAUCUUUUAUGGUAAAAGUUGUAUAUAGAAUGUGUCUGUUUAAAACAGAUUAAACAAUUUUGUCUCAAUGUUAA